AUGGCUGAAUCGACUGCUAAAGCUAGUAUUAGUAAUAAAUUAAGUAUCGAAGACCUUGAUCUUAAAGGUAAACGAGUAUUGAUCCGGGUUGAUUUCAAUGUUCCAUUGGACAAAGAAACUGGUCAGGUGAAAGAUAAACAACGUAUUGAAGGUGCAUUACCGACAAUCAAAUAUGCACUCGACAAAGGGGCUAAAGCUGUUAUCCUUAUGUCACAUUUGGGCCGUCCAGAUGGCAAACGCGUCGAAAAGGAAAGUUUGAAACCAGUUGCUGAGGAAUUACGAAAAUUACUCGGUAAAGAUGUCAAAUUUCUCAACGAUUGUGUCGGCGACGAAGUAGAAAAAGCAGCCAGUGAAGCUGACAACGGUCAAGUUCUUCUACUUGAAAAUCUUCGAUUUCAUUUGGAAGAAGAAGGUUCAGUUAAGGACAAAGCUGGAAACAAAACCAAAGCCGACAAAGAUGCAGUCGAUAAAUUUCGAGCAAGUUUAUCGAAACUCGGUGACGUUUAUAUUAAUGAUGCAUUUGGUGCAGCUCAUCGAGCUCAUAGUUCAAUUGUUGGUGUCAAAUUAGAUCAACGUGCUGCAGGAUAUUUGAUGAAGAAGGAAUUGGAUUAUUUUGGAAAAGUUCUAGAAAAUCCCGAACGUCCGUUCCUCGCUAUUCUCGGUGGAGCUAAAGUUUCGGAUAAAAUUCAAUUGAUUGAAAAUCUUCUCGAUAAAGUCAACGCCUUAAUCAUCGGUGGAGGUAUGGCUUUUACUUUUCUCAAAGAAAAGGAUAACAUGAAAAUUGGCAAAUCAUUAUUCGAUGAAGAAGGCUCAAAAUCCAUUCAAAAAAUUCUCGAAAAAGCCAAAUCAAAGAAUGUCGAAAUCCAUCUCCCCGUAGAUUUCAUCGUUGCUAAAGACGUUAAAUCAACCGAAACGAAAGAAGCUACCAAGGAAAGUGGUAUUGAAGAUGAUUACCUGGGUCUUGAUAUCGGCAAGGAAUCCGUGAAACAAUUCAGUGAAGUUGUCAAGAAAUCCAAGACCAUUGUCUGGAACGGACCGAUGGGAGUGUUCGAACAAGAUCCAUUCGCUAGUGGAACAAAGGAUUUACUCAAAGUAGUUGCUGAACAAACCAAAAACCAAGGCACAACAAUCAUUGGUGGAGGUGAUACAGCUACUGCUUGUGCCAAAUUCGGCUUUGGUAGUCAAAUGAGUCAUGUUUCAACCGGAGGUGGUGCAAGUCUCGAGCUUUUGGAAGGAAAAGAUCUUCCCGGUGUCACUGGCCUUAGUGACAAAUCGGCUAAAUAA